AUGAAAACGUUCAAGAUGGAACUUUUUUUCACACAUCGAUUUAUAAAAUACCUUAAAGACUUGCUUCAACAUGUCUAUGAUGCCUUUCCAUCAUUAUUUCUAUUUGCAUCUGAUAGUGAUAUUGUGAAACAGUGUGGAACAGAUGUCUAUUAUUAUUUAUGGUUUCAAAAAUAUUUCAUGCUAUUUGUGACCAUUUGUGGAUGCAUUUCUUUGGUGUUACUCUUACCAAUUUACUUGACAAGCAAGCAUUACGACUAUUCCUUUAAAGAUUUUACAGGAACUACGAUUGCGUUCAUUGAUGUUCACAAAAGUUGGUGGACUUUACUGUUUUACAUUUUGAAUGGACUUAUUUCCAUAUUGGGUCUAUUACUCAUGUUGAGAUUAAGAAAAUUAGCUCGUCAUAUGAUCAAAGGAAAUUCCAAUUUUGCAAGCCUUUAUUUCAAAUAUUGA